AUGGAGCAGAGAUCAGAGUUUUCAUCAACGGAAGCUGUUCUACUCGGAGCUCUAGCUCCAGGCGUCAAUGCUCCGACAUGGAACACUCUGAAACUGGCGUUUCUUCUUCUGAGUCUCUGUCUCACUUUCAUGCUCUCCAUAGCUUUCACUAGUGGUCAAUCCAUGUUGCUUGUUCAUGUUGGCUUUCUCAUCUCAAUCGCAUCUUCUCUUUUCAUCCUCCUCAACUGGUUUAUUAAAACCAAAUGAUCAAGCUCCAUGUUGUUUUUAGUCACUCAGACUCAAACAACAAAGUAACACAAUAUUUAGUAGUAAAGAGAUCAAAGCAUGUAGAAGGAUUGGAUUGGAAGCAGAAAAGCACAAACAGCAAGAGAACUGACACAAGACGUUAAUCUUGAUCAAAAUUUGAUUUGCUCAACAUUACUUCCUUUUUUGGUUUCACUUUAUUUGUUCUGCUUCUUGGAAGCUAAGUUCAUUCCUCCUAUGUUGUAAGUAUAUGAUUAUUACUGGACAAUGCCUGAUCUAAUUCGAUUCAUUUCUCAAGAAUCAUAACAAG